AAAACCUUCCAUUAUCCCCUGCGGGACGAUUCUGGAGGUAAAUUGGUUCUUUCCGAUAUUCUAGAAAGCUAAUUUAAGUGUGUUAUCUAUAUUCAACUGUAAUAUUAUUUUUUGCAAAACCAACUAAGCUGGCAGUAAUUGUUUUGAAAAUGUGGACAAACAUUAUAGUCUUGGGGCUGAUUUUAUUAUGUGGAACAUCCAACACGUUACCGGUUUCUAAGGAUUCGAAACGAAUAACAGAGUUGGUAAAAGCAAUCGCCCAUGUUGUGGCAGAAGACGUGACAAUAGCCAGCGAGACAUUCUCAGAGAAGGGUCAUCUGUUUUCGGAGAAAGAGGCAGCAAACUUUUUCGAGACAGUCGCCGUGACCACUCUUCAGCAUCUGGAGAAGUACAUCCGAGAGCUGAACACCCUCACCAAGAAUGACCAAGAGAAAGCUGGAGAAAUCGCUCAGCGAGUAGCCGACGAAGCGGCGAACAACGGGUUCAAGAAAAUUUUCAAAAACCAUGAAAAAUUUGACAAUGUCGUGAUGCAAGAAGGAGUUUUAGGCAUAACGAAACAUGUCGCUGAGUUCAUUAAGUUGGCACUGACAGACGCCGAACAUUGAUUCAUAUUUUUUAGUUGGUUAUUUAAAUUAAAAUUGUAAUCAAACUAG